UCAAGAAAGCAGAAGGAUAUCUAUUUCUUAAGGUUGAAUGUCUGAAACGCUUCUGUCUUCCAUUUCACUCUUGAUGGAAGCUGCGAUGUUGUUGGCGAUGAGUGUUGUAAAAGCUGGCACAACACAAUACCAAAUCCAAACCGUCGUGGGAGUCGCAGUAUCAGAUUUGUGAUAUGUACCUGAUAAAAGGACUCUUUUUUUCCUUUUUUUUGGGAAACCGCAGGAACCGAACAGGUGUGCCCAUGUUGGAAUUGAAUAGCUGUAGGACUUCAUACAGGUCGUUGCUAUGGGGAAGGAGGGGAGCGGGUCUUCGUGGUGCAUUUGGGUUCUGAUCUGGUGCUCGAAUGCAAGUUGUUAAAGGUUACGGGGCAGAUAAGAAUCGGAAUUUAAUUACUAACGAACUCUAUAGAAUAUAAUUUUAGCACAUUUUAAAGGAACUUCCACUAACGAACGUCUUGCCAUUUCAGGGUUCUUCUUUCGCACUUUUUUUGCUUCUUAGACAGCGCUUCAGUGCGCUCACUUCGACACGAUUGCGCUUCUCGACGCCAUGCCGGGCACCUGCCACCGGCUACGGAUACCAUCGAUCGUCUCCAGCCGCUCGUCGAAGAGUGGCGUUGGGGCAUCCACCUCCACAUCCUCGUCCUCGGCGGGUGUCUCCACAGGAGCUUCGAUUGCCGAUGACGAUCUGUUUGGAUGUGAUGGAGCUUUGCCGUCGUCGCCACCGGCCACGGUCAAGAAGGAACGUCACCGGGUAACGAUGAUGGGCGCCGCUCGUGUUGGCAAGUCAUCCAUUAUCUCCCAGUUCCUGUACGAGAAGUAUCUGUCACGCUACAAGCAAACGAUCGAGGAGAUGCAUCGCGGCGAGUACGAGCUGCCGGACGGUUCGAGCUUGACGCUGGACAUUUUGGACACGUCCGGUUCCUACCAAUUUCCGGCCAUGCGUGCCCUGUCGAUCAACACGAGUGGAGCGUUUAUACUGGUGUAUGCGGUGGACGAUGAGGAAACCUGGAACGAGGUGGAACGAUUGCGUGAACAGAUCAUCUCCGUACGUGGCACCCGAGUACCGAUCGUGAUCGUUGGCAACAAGGCGGACGUUCCUGAAGAACAGCGCCAGAUCCCGUUUAAGGUGGCACGUUCCCGGGCACUGCUCGAAUGGGGCUGCGGAUAUGCCGAGUGUUCGGCAAAGAACAACGAAGGCAUCCUGACCGUCUUCAAGCAGCUGCUCCGACAGGCCAACAUUGAGUACAACCUGAGCCCUGCCGUACGUCGUCGUCGAAAGUCACUACCGAGUUAUACUGGCGGUACCAACCCAGCACGGGCCAACUCCGCCAAGUACUAUCUCAAGAGGCAUUCCUGCUCAGUACAGUAGAGCAACGGCUAGGUCCGUGCGAGCCUAGGACAGAAACACAACGAUAAUCCAAAGUGUGCGGGUACUCUGCGGGGCGAGUGCUCCAGACGUGUGGAAGUAUUAGUGUCCACUAAAGCUAAGUGAAAUUGACAAAAAACUGACGGAAACGAAUGUGCGGUAUGACGUCUCAGUCACUUUGUAAAGGAGUGUGUGUUGGGCGGUGUUUGUAAUGUUGAAUCGGUUUCACCGUUGAAUUUUGGGGCACGCUUUUCUUAACCGGUAUUUGCCAAUUUACAACCGUAAACAUACAUUACAAGUAUUGCAUAGGCUUCAGUUUGACGAAUUUACAUGUUUGUGGCGCACGCCACCGAUAUUUGAAUGGAGAAAUUGUUGUUUGUAUUUGGAAUUUAAAAGAAAAACAAAAAAAGGAAAACUAGUUUUUUUACGCAUAUACCUGUGGCUAUACAUGUAGAAGGAAAUGAAAAAUCCAACCAAACAAACAAAAAAUUGAAGAAAAAAAAAACAACAUCCCCAUUGCUACUGUGUAUUUGAUGUGAAACAGUCGUAAACAAAUCAGAAUUUAAUCGUAAAACGAACAAACAAGUACAGCUAAACCAGUGAUGGAAUGGAAAUCAAUUUGACCAACAAAAAAAAAAAACAUACAAAUUGCGUUUGAUACUCAAAAAAGCCACUGCAAAAAGGUUGCACAAGCGUAGAGAUCCGGUUAAAGUUGGACAGAUUGUUGAAUUUGGUGACGCAACGAACGUUUGUGUGACGACGUCUGGUGGGAGUUUUCUGGCCGGAGUGCGCUUAAAGCUUAAAGCUUCACGGAAAUGGUUAUUGUUUUUUGGUGUGUUUGUUUUCUGCUGUGAGAAGGAUAUAUAAUAGAAGUGCUUUGCACGCUUUUGAGGGUUAG